CGAAACGACACCGUUACCAACACGGGCGUUGCUCACCGCCUUCCAUUGGCAUUCACAGCGAAAUCAACCCAACCCCUCCACACCUCCUCCAUCCCCACAACAACAUCAAAAUCUCCUUCAAUUUUGGACUUACAGAAGAUUAGGGUUCGGCUUUGUGCACAACCACCAUAAACUCCGAAAGGUUCGCUGGUUCAGGCUUUUCUGUAGCUGCUGAGGUUCAAAGGAGGAGUCUUUCUCGGUCUCAAUCAAGGAAGUUCAUUGCUAACAACAAUCAGCUACUCAUCAUUGCGGAUGCUUCAUUGCUGUGAAGGAAGUUUCCUUGCUGGAUAAAGGAAGUCAGGAGGUGCAAAGAGUUUAUCAACUUGAACAGGAGAUUGCUCUUUUGAGUCAGUUUGAACAUCAAAACAUAGUUCAAUACUACGGAACCGCUAAGGUGAUUUUAUCAUCAAGAUGCCAAUGUUGACUGCUGCAAGUACAAUUGUUAGCUCGCCUCUAUUGCCAGCAGUAGGUCAAUGCCCCGGACGAGUGAAGCUUUCUAGCUGUGGGCCAAAAAGGGUUUGUGGUGAUGGAAGAAUGGUACAUUUUAAGAUCAAACCAGUGGGGCUUGGUGCACAGUUAUCACUUCUUGAGAGAAGAAAACCAGUCAUUGGUUCCCGUCGGUCUGCUUCUGUAAUAUGUGCUUCUGCUUCGAAUGCCAGAUGCGGUGCAGAGCAAACCCAGACUGUCACCCGUGAGGCUCCAACAAUUACACAUCUUCCUGGCAAGGAAAAGUCCCCACUGCUUGAUGAUGGUGGAAGUGGAUUCCCUCCUGGUGAUGAUGGUGAUGGUGGUGGCGGCGGAGGUGGUGGUGGGGGCAACUGGUCUGGAGGAUUUGCCUUUUUUGGCUUUCUUCUUUUCCUGAGCUUUUUAAAGGAUAAAGAAAGUGAGGGUGCUUAUCGGGAAAAUAGGAGAAGGUAAUGUAAGGGUUUAGAGAGGGACAUGAUCUGGAGAUUUUGUAUUGUAUUUUUUCAGUGGUAAUGAAUAAUGAAUAAUGAAUAAUAAUUAAGUUUUAUACUGGGAAAAAGAUCUGUUUGAUGUACGAUUGCCUACUAUUUGGGCAUCAACACAU